AUGCGCAACAUCGCUCCCCUCGCGAUCGCAAUCGCCCGCCUCCAGGGGUCCCCAGCAAACCUCGCUAUCGACCCAGAGACAGCAGCAGCAUAUGUCGCAGUAGAGCGCAUAGACGAGGAGGGUGUCGAGAUUGACAUCCUCAGAGUGGACGGCCAGGAGGUCGAGGCAAUCGCAUCUUUCAACUCCCCUGUCCUUGCGCCCUUUUCAAAACCCUCCUAUAUCGGCGAAACCCUUUCCUUGCACUACCUUGCCGAUGACCGUACUCUCAUUAUUCUCCUGGCUGGUGGUGAUAUUGCGAUUCUCGCCCUCGAAGGUCCCGAUGGGGCUCCUGCACCGGUCGAAGUCGUUGGCAGCGUAGACAGCGGAAUCAAGGCUGCCGCUUGGUCUCCGGACGAUGAGCAGAUCAUCAUCAUUACCGGCGAGGAUACCCUCAUGGCCAUGACCCGAACAUUCGACAUUAUCCACGAAGAACCCCUCCGCUCUGAAGACUUUGGACAGGACAAGUUUAUCAACGUCGGAUGGGGGUCCAAGCAGACCCAGUUCCAUGGAUCGUUGGGCAAGGCUGCUGCCAAGCUGCCUAGUGGCGCUGCUCCAUCGUUGGCACAUGGCACAGAUCAUGGGUUGCCUACCAUCUCUUUCCGGGGCGAUGCGUCCUUCUUUGCUGUCUCGUCGCUAGACCCCCUCCCAUCCGAGCAAGAUCAAGAGCCCAGCGCCCGCCGACAGAUCCGCAUAUACUCUCGCGACGCCGCAUCUGGCUUUGCCCCCACCCUCUCAGCAACUUCCGAAUCCCUCCCCGGUCUCGAACCUGCCUUGUCAUGGCGGCCUAGCGGGAAUCUCAUAUCGACUUUGGUCAGAUAUGGAUAUCCCGGAGGCGGGGAAGGAAGAGAAGGAAGGUGGGACGUGGCCAUGAUCGAGAGGAAUGGUCUGAGACAUGGAGGUUUCGAGCUGAGGGAAGACGGAAAGAGCUGGGGCAAUGGAAGGGUUAGAGGACUAAGCUGGAGUUCAGACUCGGAAGUGUUGGCAGUGUGGCUCGAAAGGGAAGACCGUGAUGUCUUGCAACUCUGGUCGAUGAAAAACUACCACUACUAUCUCAAACAAGAGCUAUUCUCCCACUCUUCCUCCUCCCCUCGAUUUCGAUCCUUCAAAUGGCACCCGGAAGACCCUCUAUCUCUCUACAUUCUAUGUGCCGACAGUAUUCAACACCGCACAUUCACUUGGGACACGUAUGUCUCGAGGUUGGGUAUGCCGAACGAUACGGCAUCGGUGGCGGUGGUGGACGGCCAUAGGCUGUUGGUGACCCCGUUCAGGACACAAAACACCCCACCGCCCAUGAGCUCGUACCAGAUCCAGCUACCUUCGACGCCGGUGCACGUCAGUGUAUCGGACUGGGACGAUACAGCGUCUGCUGCAUUCUCCAAUGGAGAGGUCCUCACUUGGAAGCUCAACACUCGAUUGCCGGGUCCCAAGGGGUCAAAGUUGCGAGGGGGUGGCAAAGUCGCCGAGCCAGAGGUUGUGCUCCAGAAAAAGAUUGCAGAUGGACGGGUGGUCAGACUUGUCGCUACCGGGCCGAACGGAAAGGUAGCCGUACUCAGUCUCGCUGCGGGAGAGGAAGGCGGGAGGGUGAAUGUGUUUGGCGGAGAGGAGGAUGAAGAGCUGCAAGUCGAGAGUGGGGUCGAACGGAUAUUGUGGGCGCCUUCAGGAGAUAUCCUAGCGCUUGACGGGGAAAGCAGGCUGUUCAGCCUCGCGAGCGAAGGCGGUAUUGACACUAUUAUCCCCUCUCAGCCAACCUCCAUCAUGCUCUCCAACGACCUCCUCUUUACACUCUCGCCAACUUCCAAGCUCCACUUCACCUCCCUCUCUCCAUCCGCCGAUCCCCAACCGAUUUCCAUCUCUUCACAACCCGUGACCUCCUUCACCCUCACAUCCUCGCACCUCAUUUACACCACCACAGCGCACUUUUGCCACUUUGCUCCUCUCCCUAUCCUCAAAAAGCUCACCCAAGGGGAAGAUGUCCCGGAACAAGAUAAACAGUGGGAGGAGAGACGGAUUGAGCGGGGAGCCAAGGUGGUCGUGGCGGCGGAGAGUGAAAUGAGCUUGGUGCUGCAGGCCAUGAGGGGUAAUUUGGAGACCCUUUACCCUAGAGCAAUGGUGUUACAGGUCGUAAGACGCAGUGUGCUUGGGGGCUCUUAUCGAGCAGCAUUCUUGACAUGUCGAAAGCACAGAUUAGAUGUCAACAUACUUUAUGACUUGGACCCCGCCAAGUUUAUGGGCAACCUUGAAGACUUUGUCAAACAGGUCCCUGAAGUUGAUUACCUCAACCUCUUCGUCUCAUCUUUGAACGGCGAGGACUCUUCCAAGACACUCUACCCUACCAUUGCAACAGAGCCGUCAACAUCUGCCCAGCCAACCAACAAAGUCAACGACAUUUGUGAUACCCUUCGUGGCUUGCUUGAGGCUCGCGGGGUUGAACAGUACGUGGAGACCAUCCUCACGACACAUGUGUGCAAGGUUCCGGCGGAUUACGAGGCAGGGUUGAGGGUGCUUUUGCAGUUGCAAGCAAACCAUCCUGAGAUUGUCGAAGACGCUAUCAAGUAUAUCAUCUUCCUGUCAGACGUCAACAAACUGUAUGACGUCGCUCUUGGAAUGUACAAUUUCCAGCUGGUCCUGAUGGUUGCUCAAUACUCUCAGAAGGAUCCCAAGGAAUACUUGCCAUUCCUCAGAGAACUCAGGGCUCUCGACAAGUGGGACCAGAGAUUCAUGAUCGAUGAUCACCUCGCGAGACGAGAGAGUGCACUGUCAAACUUGAAGCAGGCAGGCCCAGAAAAGUUCGAAGACGCCGCCAAUUAUCUUGCCAAAUACGAGCUUUACGACAGCGCCUUCAAGCUCUACAAGAACGAGCCAGAACAUUUAACAAUCAUUCAUGACCUCUAUGGCGAUUACCUCUAUGACCGUCGAGAGUUCACCGAUGCUGCCCUUGCCUAUCUCCUGGCGGAUAAGCCUACAAAGGCUCUCAGAGCGUAUGAACGUGCUCACGCUUGGCGCGAACUAUUCUCACUGGCAAAGAAGGAGGGUGUAUCGGAAGAGGCCCGGAAGGACCUGGUCGAGAGAGUUACAGAUUACCUUGCUUCGAGAGGGCGUCACCUGGAAGCUUCCCGGGUAUUCGUCGAGUAUGCCCAAGAUGUGGACAGUGCUGUCGACACUUGUUGCCGAGGCGCCGAGUUCUCUGAGGCUUACAGGCUCGUUUCUCACUAUGACCGUUCGGACCUGAUCGAGGCUAUGAUUGCUCCUGGUCUGGAAGAGGCCCAAGAAACCUUGAUCGAGGUGUUUGAGGAGAUGGAAGGUCAACUGGACAAGGAAGUCAAGAGGCUCAAGGAGCUGAAUGGCAUCCGUCAGAAAGAUCCCGACUCCUUUUACAUUGUUGAACGCGAACUUGACCUCGAGGGUGUCGAUGUGGCCACAAAUGCUACAACAGCUACCGGCAUUUCUCAAUUUACACGCUACACCGUCGCGCCUUCCACCAUGUCUCAUCUCACCCGAUUCACCGGCCAGACGGGCGUCACGUCGGCGACGUCAAAGAAGAAGGUAAAGAAGAGGGCUACCGGUAGGAGGGGAACGGUGGACGAGUGGGAGUAUCUUGUGAUGAGCUUGGGGAGAUUGGGGACGAGAGUGGAGGAGAAGAGUGGGGAGGCAGUAGCGUUAUUGAGAUACCUGGUCCUGGCGUCAGACGAUCAUAGAGCCCUGGCAGAGUCGUUGCAGUCGACCAUCAAGGCUUUCAGGGUCAAGUUGGUGAAUGGGAUAGACAUGGCAUGGGAGGAUCGAGAGACUGUACUGAGGGAGGUCUUGGAGAGUGGCGGAAGCGGGCUCGAGGGUGGUUUGGAAAAGAGCAUGGGAGAGGUCAAGCCGAAAGUCGCCGAAUGGAAGGGGCUGGGGUUACUACUUGGCGCGUAA